AUCUUCCAAACAGUCCUCCAUUCCAAGGAGAAGGAGCUGAUUUUCUGCUCCUCCGCGUCGUUUGUAUCCAUUGGUCUGCUUGAGUCGUGCAUUGUGCACGCAAUAAGCAGCAGCCAUGGGACUGGAACGCUUGUUGCUUAGCUUGACUGUGCUAACAACACUAUGGCUGACACGCGAGGUGGCUAGCCAGACGAUCAACCUUUGCCCACUCGGUCUGUACAAUGCUACGUCGAUGGCUCUACCCGAGGGAGAAUGCUUGCCGUGUCCUAUCAACUGCGAAGAUGCACGUGGAGUCAACGGCACUUGUCGAGUCCUGGAUGACGGAAGUUUCAGAUGUUCUGCACGAGCAGGUGUUAUCAAGGAGGUUAACGAAAUCGAUUUUCCAAUGGGCGUCAGUCAAGGAGCCCCCAUUCGUGGUCAGGGAGUCACUGCAGAAGAUGCUGAUGUCGAUGAGGCGCCAACUUUAGACAGUUUGAGAAUUAGCUUCGCAGAUGAAGGAUUUAUGGAGGCAUUAGACGAAGUGACGUUUGACAGCGGUGCCAAUACCAUUUCCAACAUAAUGGGUAUCCAGUCUGAGAAUGGUCGCACCGUGGAGCUGGUGCCUAAUCCACCUACUGCUACACCGACCGUACAGAGCUUUGUUGACGCACUUGUAUUUGUGACUAUCUUCGACAAUCGCGAUGAGCCUCGCUUUGAGCGUUGCUUUGAAGUCACUUUAAACGAUGGUGUGAACGUCAGUCCUCCAAGCGAGCUUUGCGUGGGAACGAUCUAUGUCAACGACAAGCGGCCUCAGAUCGCAUGCACAACAAAUGCCAGAGUGAUUGAUGUCGAAGCUCCUCAGACUGCCUUUGUUGAAGCUGUGAACUGUACAGUUACUGAUGCGGAUGUGCAAGUAGGACAACAAGCUACCCAGGUGUCGCUUUCCGGUGGACCUGAUGUUGUCUACCAGACUGGAACCCUUCCAAUGCCGCUCACUAGUGGAGGAACCGGAAACAUGGUCUCCAUCACUGGCACAGCUCAUGUAGCUGUAUAUGAGGCUGCACUGAGUCUUCUGAUGGUUGCUGUGCUGCUUCCCAACAAUGAGUUCAAUGGAUUAGGUGGUUUGACUCGUGCUCUGACUAUUCAAGUACAGGAUGGGUCUCUUCCAAGCGGUCCACCUUGCACGAGUGGACCUCAACUUACGUUGGUUCCCAUCCCAGAGCGAACUCCGGCUAUCACAGUCCCAUCAACGCCCACUCUUUUUACUGAGAAUGGAGGUCCAGCAAUAACUCUUGCAGCGUUGACAAAUGUUUUGACAACAGAGACCUUCUACACUUUAUCAUCCGUGCGCUACACACUUGCUCAAACUGUUCCUAGCGAUCCAGAAAACUUUACCAUUGGGUCUCCUAUUGCAGACUAUUCUUUGGAUGGGAGUAUCGCAACACUUUCAACUAUGACGCCAACCGAGUUUCAAAUCAAUUACAAUCCUCCAUUAUCUAUCCCACUCAACGCUGUCGCUCCUCCUGGCCCCGCAUUUCCAGCUUUGUCAAGAACAGUAUAUCUCAAUACUGCUGAUGAACUUGGAUGCGGCAGGUCUCGUCAACUGAAUGUGGUAACCGUUCCAUUCAAUGCCCUUCUAGGAGGACCAGACCCGGAUGUUGGAGUUGUAGGUUCUGCCUUAGCAGAACAAUUUCUGCAGUUGAAUGGUGACAACGACAAUGCACCAGUGCUGACUCUAGCUCCAUCUAUGCAGACUGUAGCCGAGGAUAGUAGUAUCACCGUGUUCAACACUGUAGCCAUUACGGAUAACGACGAUGUUGUGCCCUGCGACCGACAGUGCUUCAAUGAGCUACGCUUCACAGUUGCCAAUCCGCCUGUUCUUGCUGCCAAUGCUCUGGUGAUCGAUCCAGUUGGUGCUUCUGGAAAGGUGUUGAAUGCUUCCUUUCAACUCAUGGGCACCGACAUUGGUCAAAUCAAUUUUGGCACUGAACCACUCAAUAUCAUCGAAGCCCAGGAUGCAAUUGGUCGCCUAACAUUUCAAGCUCUGGGUGACAAUCCAUCGGAAUCUUUGUUCUUGAAUGACUUCCAACUUGUUGAAGCGGAAAGUUGCGAAAUGAAUGCUGCCUCCGAUUUUUCCAAUGUUCAAUCUGGCGAUGACUCUGGGGCCAGUGGAAGCGGUGUAUUUGAUACGGAAAUUGCAAUCAUUCCGGUCAAUGAUGGCCCUUCUGUAACUCGUCUGGAUACACCAGGACCAUGCCAAGCUACAUUCUUUGAGAACCCGGGCAACAGCGUUCGUGUAGUUCGUACCACUGGCUUUUGGGAACCCAACUCCGAACCUGUGAUGGUCAAUGAUCCUGAAGGGGACGAUGUCUCCGUUCUCAAAGCAAAGAUAACUGCAAAUCUUGAUGUAGGAGACAGGCUCAAUUUGACAGUGGACUUCAUUGAUGGAGACCCGACUGUCACUUACAACAAACAAACAGGGGAGCUUAUUGUCAACUUUACGACGCCAGUCUCUGCCGAUAUCAUUUCGGCACAAUUUGGCCUCUUUUUCAGCAACAACAACCCUGGUCUUGUGAUUGACCCACGGGAAAUUACAAUCAAAGCGUAUGACACUUUCGGCGCGGCCGGUGCUGCGCUUGUCCUGACUUUGUGCAUCUGCCCAUUCAAUAACCCGCCCAAGUUACAAGCUGAGCCAGGAAGCGAUACCGCUACUCGACCAUACACUUCUGGGAAGUUUGUUGCAGAGCCACCUUUGGCAAUUGGUAACAACACGGUUGUCAAAGAUCCCGAUGAUAUCAAUCUGGUCGGAGUUACCUGUACUUUGUCCGACGCCAUCUUCCUGGAGGGCAACAUGGAACUCCUGCUCUUCAACACGACCAGAACCAGUGUGACAGUGACUCCGUAUGUCAACAUCAGCACUUUCACCGCAGUUUACAGGCUGGAGAACGGCGCAAGCGUCGCAGAAUACCAGCGGGUGGUUCGUAGUAUGAGCUACGAGAAUUUACGAAUGGAAGUGCCAGGCCAGUUGGAUCGAUCGGUGAGAUGCGUAGGAUCUGAUGGAACCAGCGAGAGUAGUUUCACAAUUACAAUACCGAUUGUCAUCAUCCCGGCUGCUCAUCUUCAAAUGGCAACUCCCGGACUGAGACGAGUUACUUUGCGGGAUGUUUGUGUGAGUGCUCUCGGCGACAACUACACUGUAAAAGCCGGUGAAACCGACUUUGUCAGGAGCUUCAACAUCACUGUGUUUGAACGAAAUAGCAGAGAACCUUGCGCAACAGCAUGCAACCCUCUCAACAACAUUCGACUUGUACUUCCAGGAAUGUUUGAGAAUGUUGAAAUCGAAGGUAAUGGAACUAGCAGCAUCAGCUUCAGCAUUCCUGAAGGCACAUUCUUCACACGCCUUGUUGUGCCGGAGGUUGCUGAAAUCAUGCGCCAGGUCAAGUUGUACAGCGAUUUUGUGGCCACCGAGAUGCUAUCCGUCAGAAGCACACUCUUUGAUUGGCCGGUUAAUAGAAUGAGCGCAGUCGUGAUGACAGCAAUUGACGCAGCAGUUGUUAACCGGCGGCCCGUUCUUGGUGAUGGCAGCAUGUGCUUCAACCAGAAUGUCAGUGCACCGUACCUGCCAACAGAUGACGAUUCUCCUGAACCUGUCGAAGUGGACGAUAUCAUCAGCGCUUUGGAGAUAACUGACUUGGAUGUGGACAGUGAAGAGGGUGCCACCAUCGUCGGUGUAUCAUUUGAACCAGCCACCGUUGCUGCCAUUUUGCAAUACCGUCGUGGAGCAAUGAGUGCAUGGAGGAAUGUCCCAAGCACUCUCAAUGGAAUUGUGGAGCCCGGUGUCGGUGUCCCCAUAUUGGCUGGAUUCCAGCUGCGUGUUCUGCCUUUGCCCAGCGUCGGAAAGGUUUCCGGCUGCGUCCGCUACGCUAUUGCAGCUUACGAUAACACUACCCGCAACACCUCGGGUCUCUUCCCGGAAGAGUUCCCUUACAGUGAAGACAAUAUCACUUGCCAAAUCUGCUUCGAGUACGAGAACCUUCGACCAGUUAGAGAAAGUGAGACGUUCACGUUGCCAAUCGUUUUUGAAGAUUCAAAUAAUCCAGCAAGUAGUGGAGUGCAGGUGGAAUCUGGCUCUGGCUCUGGGGAUAUCACCCUAUACAACUUUGCUCAGGAUGGCUCUCUCGUGCCAGCGAUGCCCACGGCGAUUUCCAUGAUUCUGAUGAACAUCAGCUCUGACCAGGAUGACGUCAAUCUGGCCAUUGCUCUGAGGAAUGCUGUGACAAACGGAGUUGGAACCUUCCAGUAUUCAAAUCCCCCUGGAACAGUCAUCAACAACAUUCCGAAUGACUUGAGUCCCAUGGAGUAUGUUGUACUUCGCCCGCCUCUCCUAAUUCUCUUUGAUCCGGAACUUCAUGCAAAUGGGAUAGCAACCAUUGAAGCACGUGCCUAUGACAACUCUGCUAUUCCUGCUGGCAACACGGGAAGAGUGACGGUAACAGACUUUGGACCCAGUUCACCGUUAUCUGCUGAGAUUACAAUCAUAACACAAAUUGUGGAGCCUGUCAACGACCGCCCUGUCGUCGAUUUGAACGGACCAUUACUGCUCGGCUUAGACCAAACGGUGGAGUUUGUAGAGGAAUCAGCGCAGGCAAUCUACCUCACUCCUGAUGCACAGAUCUUUGAUGUGGAGUUCAACACACUAGCAAAUCUGACAGUUGUGUUUGACAGUGUAUACCCCGGUGAAGAUGUUAUCAACUUUGUUGCUCCAAACAGCUUGACUGUGGCGACUGAUGACGUAAGCACGGGCGGUAUGAGGGUUAUGCGCACUAUCACUGCCCAGCCUGCGUCAGGACCUAAUGCACCAAAAGCAGACUACUCGGAAUUCCUGAGGUCGUUCACAUAUAUCAACACUAAUGAUGAAUUCACAGGAAGUAGAAGAACGGCUAGUGCCACAGCUCAUGAUGGAAAGAGUCCAAGUCGGCCGUCAGCCCUGACUAUUAACCUGAUCAGCACAAACGAUGCUCCAGAAUUUGAGCCACCAGCACCGAGGAGUAUUAAUGCGACUGAACAAGCAUCUCCGGACACAAUCCGGAUACCAAAUAUUUUCCAAUCCAUUGUGACUGAUGAUGAUUCAGCAUCCGUGUCGGAAGUAACGGUUCGUCUGGAUGGAAUCAGGAAUGAUGGUGAACGAUUGGCAAUAGCCGAGGGAUCUACACUUGGGAGCUCCUUCACUCUUAGUGGUGAUUCCAAUAUGACAAGCCGUGUCUACAACCUAGCCAUCGGUGGUGCGUCAUUCAUGGACACCAGCAAUGCCAUUCAGCUUAUAGAGUACGUCAACAUAGCUGAUGAGCCAUUGAAUGGAGAGCGGACUAUCUCUGUUGUCGUCAGAGAUAGCAUGGCAGGGCCCAUCACUCCACUUAAUCCAUUCGGUGGAACAUCUGCACCAUUGGAAACAUUCCUUUCAACAAUUCCAGUCAAUGACAAUGCACCUGUGUUUACACAAAUGCAAUAUGACACUUGUGCACCAGAAGGUGCAAGAGGUUUCACUGUCACCAGUAGCAUCUCUGCAACAGAUGCCGACAGCAUCAAUCAAGUACAGGACCUGCGAUUCUUCUUCAUCUGCCCUAAUAUGUCAUUGAAUCUCGGCUUGUCGGUCGAUGGAAUGUUGACCGAGUUGGAGGGUACAGCAGCUCCAGGAAGUGGUGGAUCAGGAGGCGAGUCAGGAAGUGGAUCAGGAAUGGACACCCAAAUGACUGUGUGUGAUGUCUUUGGAAUUGACAACACAACGGGUAUUGUGACUUCAUGUGACGGCGAACUUUGUGCUGUCCCCCGUCGUCUUCUUCAUCCAUCCAUUACAAUUCCAAUGCGAGUAACUGACGGAGAAUUCAAUGGAACUGCAACUCUGAACAUAACAAUUGUAGAAGCCAAUAAUAAUGCUCCAAGAUUCACUGAUAAUGCUGGUGUGAGUGUGGAUGAAAGCUUCCUUGGUGUCUCUGUGACGACCGUCAUGGCUGUCGAUGAUGAUGUGUUCCCCCCUAACAAUGUCAUUGAAUACAGCCUCGUGGACACGUUCGAUGGCCUCUUCUCAAUUAAUAUGACUUCGGGAGAAAUUUCAACCACUACUGGUCUAGACUAUGAGAGUGUCUGUGAAUACAACUUGACAGUUGUAGCUACAGAUGGUGUUGGAGCUAAUCCGGAUUGUUUCUUUGGUGGAAGAUUGACUGCAACUCGCCAGCUGAUUGUGACAGUGAAUGACGUGAAUGAGUUUGCUCCAACUGUCCCAAAUGCUGCUACAGAAUCAUUUGCAGAGGACACGCCUAUAGGAACAACUAUACUUGCGUUAACUGUUGAUGAUGGAGACACUGGUUGUCCAACAAUUGAUAAUGAUGGAGAUGAGCUGACGUAUUCCCUUCAACAGGAUUCUCCACCUUUGUUUGAUAUUGAUAACGAGGGCGUCAUUACCCUGGUCGCUAGUCUGGACUUUGAAACAGCAACUAUGCAUACAGUCACUGUGGUUGUCACCGACACCGGAACACCACCCCGUAGCUCACCGUUUCCUCUAACUGUGAACGUCUUCAAUGUCAACGAUAAUGCCCCUGUUUUUGGUCCAGAUUCGUACACAGCUACUGUCAAUGAGGCAACUGUACUUGCGGAUGUAUUGGUUUUCACAGCUACUGAUGCUGAUGGUACACUCAAUGAUCUGAUAUUCAGUCUUCAAGGCGAACCAACGAGUGUGUCUGUGGACCCAGUUACUGGUGCUUUGUCAAUUAUUGAUACCAACCUGGACUUUGAAACUGAUCCUGUCAUCACAUUCACAGCGUUCGUGAACGAUUCAAUGUUCACUGACACUGCUUCAGUUACAUUGAAUUUACUGGACUUGAAUGAUAAUGUUCCAAUGUUGCGAAACAUUAUGAACAACACAUAUACAAUCAAGGACAGACCGAUAGAUUUGCAGCCCAAUGCUAUUGUCGUGGAUAAUGAUGAAAUUCACCCUAUUGAUCGACUUACCAUUGAGCUUCCAGGAACUUCCGCUGUUGCACAGCGUUUGGCUUCUCCACUUCCAUGUGACUGCACAGCCUCACCACUGGGCACAUGUCCCAAUGUCACUGCUCUCAAUCUACUGACACUGAUGACAGGCCCAGUUCCUGUUGACAAUGGUAUUGCUACUUUCAAUGGACUAGCUAAUACAGUCAGUAUGGCUGAAGUACAGGCCAGCCUCGUCGAGGGCUUUGUACUCUCCACUUGCAUUAGGAUCAACACAACCGAAUUUGGCUACCUGCUAACUAUUCUGGAUGGUUCUGGUAAUGUUGCCUUCGCUGUGGAACCAAGACCAACUGGAGCUAUUGCAGUCUCGUAUAGAGUUGACGGAGCGAGGCAAACCUUUGAAGUUGCCCAUCCAUCUGCCGACUUGUUUGAUGGGCUUUGGCACAACUUUGCACUCGAAUUGCGAUUCCCCCAACUUCGUCUUCACGUCGACAAUGUACCACAGACUCCAUUCGUACUUCUUCCUUCUCAACGACCCGAUGGUUUACCAGAUGAUCAUAGCGAGCUGAUCAUUGGUUGCCAUAAUGCGCAGUGCUUCCGAGGACAAGUGCGAGCUCUGGUUUUCAGAGUGGGAAUCUCAAACUUGUUGCACUUUGCAGCUACUCCAGGAGCGUUCGAUGGAACAUCUUUCUCGUUUGGUGGUAUGGCGGGCAAUGAGAGACGAGUAGCUGAGGUUCACAGGCCUGGUAUUCGUACCAACACAGAUAGUUUUGAAGUUCAUGUUGAAUUUGAACUUGGCUUUGCAAUGGGUGCUACAGGUACAGGUGGUGCGCUUGUUAGCUCAGGAAGUGCAGGUACGUGGGAGUAUGGUGUGACUGUCGGAGCGGCCGCAGUUGGACAGGCAGGCUCAAGAGCCCGCUUUGAAACUUACCACCGUACUUGUGCUGGGUCAUCAAAUGGCCGUGUACGAUCUGGUGGCGAGGCGUUCGACUUUGAAUCAAUGGGAGGGAACAUUCAAACAGGAAGGCAUGAAGUCUUAGCUCAAUUCCGACCUGGUUCCGUAACUGUCACUCUUGAUGGGACACUCACUAGAACGUUAAGCCUUUCCGCAGCUGAAGCACCAUGCUUUGCUAACCCUAUUCCAUCUGAUAUUGACUCCCUUCUCCUUGGUGCGCAUAUGAGACUUGAUUCAACUGGCACGGAUAAUCGCUUCACUGGUGAGAUUUUCAAAGCUCUUGUCAGGGCAGGAACAACUACUGCAGCAGAGAAGGCUUGCCUCCAGGAAGGUUGUGGUGAGUGCAGAUGUGGUGGGCGCUGUGACAAUCUGCCCGUUUGUGUUGCAGGUGAUCCAACACUGGGUUGUAGAUUUGACAUUAGUAAGUAUGGCAAGUGUGGAAUUGAUGCCACUGAUCUAUUGCUUCUAGCCGGUUCGACAUGUACUGAUGGUGAGCAAAUUCUUCAGACAACUGAAACAGGCCCGAACACAUCUUUGGAUGCUGGAAAUACAGAUCUUCCAUCGGAUUUCAGUGAGUUUUCAGUGGCAGCUUACUUUGAAAUGGAUCCAUCUCGUGACGGCGGAGUGAUUGUUGUUGUUCCAGGAGUGGUUGCAGUUUCGAUCAAUAACUCGUAUGUCGUUGUGUUCAUCUGUGUUCCCAAUGAAGGGAAUAUUAUAUAUGUACCACUCGAAUUUGUCCUGACGUCAACUGUCAAUAACAAUAUUCUACACCACAUAGCAGUGAGUGGAGAUGCCAACAACAUUGUUGUGUUUGUGGAUGGUGCCAGUCUUGGUACCCAAGCAAGGCCUGCUAAUAGUGGAACAAGUAUCACUAGGCGAAUCUACUUUGCUUUCUGGCCAAUGACAACGCAUCCGCGGUUCGUUGGUACUCUGCGUGCAGUGACUCUAAGUAACAAGCCACUGAGUCAGUUUGAUGUCUUGUGUGUGGAAAGCUGCGGCUCUUUCAUCACUGUAGCUGACCCUGCUUCUGUCUCUCCCAAUAUCACCAAGAUUGGCAAUGGCAAUGGAAUGUUCAACACUGCAAUUGAUCUUGUUGGCAGGGAAUUUGAGGAUCGUUAUGGUUCUGUCCUUCGCACUUUGCGAUACUACAACUUGUUCUCUGAGCCUCAAAAGACACUACCAUUUGAUCAAUCCCUCCGGAUUGCUGUUUUUGAUAAUGGAGUUUCAUCAGCUGCGGAAACAUCCAUCUCCACAAUAACUGUGCAAUCCGCUGGUACGCCUGUUAUCCGUGCUGGUGAUGGGGAGAUCGACAAUGUUGUUAUUGUUGAAGGUGGAGCUCCAGCACAACUCGUAUCUCCUCAAGUUGUAAUUCUCUUACCAGUGGUACCUGGUCUUCAAGCCAUUGUCAUAAUCAACAGUAUUGAAGGUGGCUGUCCACUAGGAGAGAGUCUAUCUUUGGAUAGCUCCAUCAGCAGUACAUGUGCCAAUCUGACUAUUGUCAACAGUACUCAGGCAAUUCUGUUGUCAGUCGAUCCUCUGAACACUCUGAGCAAUGCCGUGCGUGCACUCAGGUACACAUGCACUGUACCGAACAUGGUCACCUUCUCCACCAUCUUUACGUUGACAGUCGACAUUUCAGUCCCGGGGGCGGCUUUGGUUGGUGGUACAACAAGUGAUCCGGCCACCGUCAAUAUUACUUCAGUUAAUAAUGGCAUCUGCGUUCAACUACAACCGUGCCUGAAUGGUGCUACUUGCAUGGAGCCAACCCCAGACACAUUUGUGUGCAACUGUGUUGAAGGCUUCACUGGACCUAAUUGUACUACGAACAUUGACGACUGUAUGGAUAUGCCUUGCAACAAUGAUGGAGUGUGCAUAGACGGAUUGAACGAGUUCCAAUGCAACUGUAUAGCGGGAUUCACUGGAGAUAUUUGUCAGACUGACAUAGAUGAAUGCAGUCCAAUGCCUUGCCAGAAUGAUGCAACAUGCCUGAACCUGCUGAACCGGUUUGUAUGUGAAUGUCCAACCGGUUUCACUGGAGUUACAUGUCAGACCAAUAUCGACGACUGUGACCCUGACCCGUGUCAGAAUGGGGCUACAUGUGUGGACGGGGUUGCUGAUUUCACCUGUAACUGUGUGACUGGAUUCACUGGCGAAAACUGUGAGACCAAUAUCGACGACUGUGCGGAUGGUCCAUGUGAAAAUGGAGCGACGUGCACUGACCUAGUUGCUGGCUUCAAUUGCACAUGUGCUCCUGAUUUCACUGGAAUGAACUGUGAGACACAAAUUGACGACUGCGAACCGGAGCCGUGUGAAAACAGUGGCACUUGUAUUGAUGGAAUCAAUGCCUUCACUUGCAACUGUGACGCUGCAUUCACGGGUGAUCGUUGCCAGACUGAGGUGAACGAGUGUGACUCGAUGCCAUGUCAAAAUGGUGCCACGUGUGUUGAAGGCAUUGGAUCGUUUGAAUGCCUCUGCCCUGGCGGCUUCACUGGAGUAACCUGUGAGAGUGACCUCAACUUCUGCACACCCACCAUAUGUCAGAAUGGAGGCACUUGUUUGGAGGGUGAUGGCGUAGCGAUCACAUGCGAUUGUGCGGCUGGGUUUACAGGACAAUUUUGUAUGACUGACAUUGACGAUUGUUUAGAUAACAAUCAGUGCGGAGAAGGUUCCACCUGUGUUGAUCUUGUCGAUGGCUUCUCGUGUACAUGUGCCAGUGGCUUGACAGGACCUCUGUGUCAGACUGAAAUCAACGAGUGUGAUUCGAACCCGUGUGAGAAUGGCGAGUGUGUCGACCAGCUAAAUGGCUUUAUGUGCAACUGCAACGAUGGAUUUACUGGUACUCUCUGUGAGACCGAUAUCAACGAUUGCAUGAGUGAACCGUGUAUGAACAAUGGCACCUGCCAGGAUCAAAUAGCCAGCUUUGUCUGCUUAUGCGCAGCUGGAUUCACAGGUGACAGAUGUCAGAAUAUUUCAACUGGCAUGCCGUGCGAUGGGUCCGAUAUAGGCACCCAGGCUGGAAUCGACGCACUAUCGAUAUGUACCAGUAUUUCUGGCCGGCUUACCCUUGAAUGCGAGUCACCCGACGAAAGCUGCACAAUUAACAACAUCAAUGCCCUCAAUAGAGUAACGUCUAUUGGCAAUUUAAUCAUUCGAAGUACCAGAAUCGUCAACUUCAAUGGAUUGCAGGCUCUGACCGCGCUGACCUCGCUGGUGGUUGAGAACAACCCCCUACUGGAAGAUAUCUCUCAAAUAUUCAAUCCUGCUGUAGAAGCGUGCUCGAUUACUAUAUCAACAGUAACCUUAGUAGACAACCCCGCUCUCGCAAGUCUGGCAGGACUGAACAACCUUGGAACUGUGACUAAUACUCUGACCUUGCAAAACACUGGUAUCACUGACAUGACUGGGCUGGCUUGUCUGGCAACGGCCGACGGUAUAAGCGUCAGCUCAAACCCGAGCGUACUCUCCUUCAGUGGUCUAGACAGAAUUGCAACAAUAGGAGCAUUCAUUGUCAGCGGCAAUCCGGCAUUGGAUUCACUUGAUGGACUUCUUUCGCUAACACGCGUUCAACGGUUAAUAAGCAUCGGCAACAACCCAGUCCUGAACAGUAUCAAUGGCUUUUCAAAUUUGGAUCAAUCUGCCGGCCUCACGGCCAUCCUCUCUUUCUGCCCAGACCCAGUAGUAGAGGACGGCGAGAGAAUGGUUGAUGAAGCUUUCUUCGACCCGACGCAACCGGAUGGACUCCCUCUGGGCGGAGUCAUCUCACCGAUUAUCACACAGCGUACCAACUGUGAUGAUGUUGUGGCCGCAUGAGCAACCCAGCAAGUUUACCCUCACAGCUAUGCAGGUGAAGUGCACAUCACGCCCCCCCCCCCCCCUCCCCAUACACACACUUUGCCCCGAAUCUCUCAGCGACUCUCUCACUUUCUUUUGCUCUCAUGUAUGCAAUAUGCCAAUGCCCACAUGACAAUCAGCAAUGCCAAAAAUUCACCAGGCUUCGCAAUUAGCAUGCGAUGACGGCACUUUCCAAUCAAAGCAUCUAAGCUCACUGGCAAUCCAAUACCAUCCUUCAGCCGCUUUUUCUCCAUCCAUUACUUUCCUUCAUCCACUCUCAUCAUCUCAUUCUCACUCUCAUCAUCUCAUUCUCACUCUCAUCAUCUCAUUUUCUGGCUAUCUAAAUGUAGAUACCUAACCUCUCAUGAUUCCACCCUUCUAAGUUGCUAAACCAAACCACAUCCUCUCUCAUCAGACUUGUAUUCUCAAAUAAUGGCAGCGGCAUGUCUUUACGCACACACUCGCCACUGCUUCAAAGCGGUAUCAGCGCCAUCAGCAGCAAAUGAGCACAUUUCAGUACGCAUUCCUAGCUCAAUAGACGAUCACUGAUGAAAAAGAAGACUUACAACCGUC